AUAUAUAUAUAUAUUUGUUAUUCUAUAUCAGUAAAUGCUGAUGUGGAACCUUUGAAAAAAGUGAAAUUACCGGUAUAACUAUUUGCGGUGUUAUAUUCACUUUGACAUAGACAGGUCGGCGGUUUCGCUCAUCCAUCCCAAAAAUGGCUGAUGGUCUUGCUGUGGAAGAAGAUUCAAAUUUGAGAUAUAGUUAUGAGAGUCCAAGAUUUAAAGUGUUGGUGACAGGAGGUGCUGGAUAUAUUGGUUCAACUUUGGUUCCAAUGUUAUUGAGUGAAGGGUAUGCUGUUGUCAUAUAUGAUUUGUUCAGGUGGGGAAUGCAGCCAUUAUUGAAUUCAAAUUUGGAUGCCAGACAUCUUCAGAUUAUAAAUGGUGAUAUCCUAGAUGAUAUAACUUUGGAAUCUGUUGUGAAAAGUUCCAAUGCUGUUAUCCAUCUUGCUGGUAUUGUGAGUGCUCCUGCAUUUAAUAGGUAUCCAGAAAUCGCUAAAGAAGUGAAUGAAAGAGGGACAAAAAUACUUGUAGAUUCACUGAAACCAGAUCAACCUAUCAUUUUUGCAUCGGUAGAAAAUGUAUACGGUCGCUCUGCUCUGAAUUUGAAAGGACCGUGCACAGAAGAUGAAGAAUGUGAUCCACUUUCCCCCUUCGCUGCAACAUUUGUUGAAAGUGAAAAACUAGUUCUAAAAUCAAAUGGAGUGGUUUUGCGAAUUCCAAGUGCUUUUGGAAUAUCGCCAAGAAUGAGACUAGAUCUUCUUGUCAACAACCUAGUAUUUCAAGCAUGUACUAAAGGCCAUAUUGACUUGUAUCAGGCUGAUUUCAAAAGGAAUUUCAUUCAUGUUCAAGACUUGGCUAAAUGUCAUUUAUUCACUCUAAAUAAUAUUGACAAAAUGCGAGGCAAGGCUUAUAAUGUUGGACACGAGUCUCUCGGCUAUUCGAAGAGACAGAUUUGUGAGAUAAUUAAAGAUCAGUUACCGAAUAUCAGAAUUUCUGAACCAAAAGAUGAGGCUUAUAAAGACGCUGACAAUCGUAACUUUGAAACUUCGUUUGAGCGCAUAAAAGACGUGGGGUUUACUGUUACAAAAUCGAUACACGAUGGAGUAACAGAACUUUUGAAAAUUGUUCCACAUUUGUCAGAAGCUGAAAUAAAAAAAUGCCAAGCUUUAUAAUGAUCCAGAAAGUUGGAUUCGUGAUAUAUUUAAGUUUGCAAAAUAAGCCACAUCAGUAUUCUGAAAGUACUAGUAUUUCAACACAGUGUUACUUUUGUGUGUGCUUGUUUUUUGUGGUUGGCUCGUUUGCAUAUUGUAAUGAGUAUUGAUUAUCAUUUGACUAAUUAUAAUUUUAGAUCCUAUUUCAAGAUAUAUCGACUUAAUGCACAAGGCGUGCAUGAUAAGAAUAAGCUUGCUUGAAUUUUUUCCCAUUUUCAGUCUUAUAACACUGGAAACACCAAAUUUAUGAUCAAUCAUAUCAUGAUUAGUGAAGCUAUAUAUGUUCAAGAAUUAGAAAUUAAAUUUGUUUUUGUACUAAAUACUGUAUGAUUCAACAGGUAAGUUUUCUGAUAAAAAGUAAAAUGAAAUGCAUUCAUGGUCAAAAUGGGUAAGAGAAAUCUCCUGUAAACGAUUGGUAUAUGAUGUCAAUUUGAACUAAUUUUCGUUAGAAAAUAGGUGUAAUUUAGCGGCCUAAAGUGAAGUACAUUUGAAAGGGCUUUCUAAAUAUAGGCUACGUAUAACGCUAUUAGGGCUCCAGGUCAAAGAAAAAGCGACUGGUAAUCUAUUAUUUUUGUUUAGUAAACAAUUUCUGAAGAAGUAUACAGUUACUUGGCUAUUGUCUUUGAACCUAACAUCUGGCCAAGUAUUGGCGUAAUAAAAUUCAUUGAAAAAUUUUGUA